AAUACGGCAACGAUACGUGCAUAUUGUUGUGUUAUUUUGGUGUGAAACAAUCGAGUUUUUGGCGCAUUUGAUCUCGCCCAGUCCAAGAUGUAUCGUUCUAAAACUGCACUAAGUUUGAUCCGGCAACUGGACCGAUUAGUCUUAUCUUCCAGCAACAUCUCAGCGACACGCCACAUGCAAACGAUGAGUGUAACACACCCGUCGCACAUUCAAUAUUCUUGGUCGAUUCAUUCCCAUUAUCCUGCUCAUGGGAUUCAAACUCGAGCCUUCAGUACCGAGAAAGAUACAGCACGUGUCGAGGAACAGACCGAGAAUGAAAAGAAGCUUACACAUGAAAUGGAAGAGAUGCGUAAAGAGAACGCCGAACUAACAGAGAAACUUAAAACAUACGAUGAUAAAUACAAACGUGCUUUGGCGGAGAGUGAAAACAUUCGCCGGCGGUUAACGAAACAAAUCGACGAUGCAAAACUAUUUGGCAUUCAAGGUUUCUGCAAAGACCUACUGGAGGUGGCAGAUAUUUUGGGCCAUGCAACGGAAGCUGUCCCCAAGGAUGAGAUUUCAGAUAAGAAUCCCCAUUUGAAGAAUCUUUUCGAGGGACUUUCAAUGACGCGGCAACAGCUCAACAGUGUGUUUAAACGGCACGGACUGGAAUCGGUGAAUCCGAUGAAUGAAAAGUUCAAUCCCAAUCUGCACGAAGCAUUGUUCCAACAGGAAGUGGCGAAUGUGGAACCCAAUACAGUCGUGGUGGUCAGCAAAAUCGGAUACAAGCUGCAUGACCGCUGCAUACGUCCCGCACUUGUUGGUGUAACGAAGGGUUGAUGGAGAUCAAUGGACGACACGUACAAGGAGCAGGAAUGGCACUGAAGUCGUAUGGGAAAUGGUUAUCGAUUUAAUGUCGUUCGUUGAAAAGACGCGCGUAUAAUUCCACAAUAAAAACAAAUCUAGCGUGUGUUUCAAAUACACAAU